AUGACCCUUGCAAAUCAGCCAAUUUCUUAUAGUGAACACAAUCUUUUCGAGGAGCACAAUGGUUUAGCUCUAAAGUUUGCAAUAACAACGCCAGUGGUGGAGGGCAGAGGAGAUGAGAGAGGAGUGGUUAAUGAUGACGAUGAUAGAAAGCAUUCAUGGUCAUGGACAUAG